GGGCACGUUUCGUGGCCCCCGAGCAUUACGCGGUAGUUGUGGAAAAGACCUGAUUCUAAAUUCAAUAUGGUGGAAGGUGCAGACUUCAAGGAACUUUCAAAGCUGAGGCGAGAGAAGCGGGUGGCAGAGAGCAAAAACCAGUGCAAGGAGCAGGCCGACUACUGCAAUGCCAUCGGAACACUGCUCUUCAACGCCGGCCAGUUUGAUGAAGCCCUGGAUGAGCACCAGGAAGAGCUCGCGCUCUGUGAAGCCCUGGGCGACAGUAUGGGUGUGGCCGUGGCUCAUCGUAAAACGGGCGAAGUGCUGUGCGAGCUGGCGCGGUACGAGGAGGCGCUGCAGCACCACACGCGCUUCCUGGAGGCGGCCGAGCGUCAGCAGGACCGACUCGAGAUCCAGCGCGCCGCCGCCACCCUCGGCCGCACCUACCUGCUCAUGGCGGAUAAUUUGACCCCAAGUCAGGAAGAAGCCAAAGAAGCCAACCUGAAACUGGCGCAGGAGUAUUUCCAAAAAAGCCUUCGUGUCGUUCCGAGUGUUAUGGGCGUGUCUGGCCGGGAGAGGGCUGAGAUGACUGCCCGUCUUCACCUGAACCUGGGCAUUGUGGCCGAGUCGAACGGCAAGACCGAGGAGGCCCGCGUCGCGUAUAGGAAGGCUGCGGCAGUGACGGAGCAGCACGGCCUGCUGGAGGACGGCCGCCGCGUGCACGACAGCCUGGCCCUGAGUCUGCAGUCGACGGCCGAGUACGGCCAGGCGCUGCACCACCUGCAGGUGUCACUGCGGCUGGCCGAGCGACUGCAGGAUCGGGCCGGCCGCGCGGAUGUCCUCCACAGCCGCGCCACGGUGCUCCUGCUGAUGGGGGACACAGAGGCCGCCAGCCGCUCCUGGUACAAGGCCUACAAGCUGCGCUCGCCAAAGCCGGCGGAACACGAGAGACACUCCCGCUGCCUGCGAUGCGCGGUGCGAAUCUGCCGCGCCGACGACCAGUUGAUGCUGCUGGACCGGGACGACCACCAGGGGCGCCACGAUCGCCACGAGAAGCUCGGCGACUGGUUCUGCCAGUUGUCGGCGUACGCGUCGGCGCUGGAGCACUAUCGGGCGCAGCUGCAGUGUUCCGAGGCGCUGGGACGCCCAGAGGCGGUCAAGGCCGCCAUCUACGCCUCGCUGGCCGAGACGCACAAGGACCUGCGUCAGCACGCUGAGGCCAAGCGGUGGUUUCUGCGCGAGCUGGAGGCCCGACGGGGCAACAGCAAGGAGGUAUGCAAGACGCUGUUGAACCUGGCGAGCCUAGAGCUCUCUAUGGGCGGCGACGUCGGCUCUAUUUGCGAGUUUUACCGCCAGGCGGCGGACGAGGCAUGCCUGGCCGGCCUGCCCCGACUACGGGCGUCUGCGCUGCAGGACAUGGCUGAGACGUACCGCGAACAUGGUCUGCUGGAGGACGAAGCGCGCGUGCGCCGCGACCUGGCGCUGGCGCUGCGCUGUGACCGCCUGCCCGAGGACUUCGACGGGAGGCACGACAGUCAGGAGGACUCCUCCGAGCCGGAGGACGACGGCUCGGGCAGCGAGGGCGAGUCCAUCGACCUAGACCACCUGGAAGGCCUGAGCUCCGACUCGGAGGACGCGGACCCGGAGCGACCGCGGCGAGCACGCCCGGCGCGCAACCUCUGGCGCAACAACAAGGGCGAGACGCACCUGCACGUGGCCUGCAUGCAGGGCAAGCUGAAGCAGGCGGCCCGGCUGCUGCAGUCGGGUCACCCGGUGAACGCGCGGGACCACUCCGGCUGGUUGCCGCUGCACGAGGCGGCCAACUUCGGCCACCUGGAAGUGGUGCGCCUACUGCUACAGCACGGCGCGCGCGUCGGCGACCCGGGCGGCCAGCACUGCGGCGGCACCACUCCGCUGCACGACGCUGCUGGCAACGGACACCUGGAGGUGGCGCGCCUGUUGAUGGAAGCUGGCGCCAGCCCGGCGGCCACCAACCAGCAGGGCGAAACGCCUCUGGAGUACCUCAUGGCCUACCGUGCCAACCUGGAUGUCAGGCUAACGCCGGAUGAACUGGCGGACAUCAGACAGCUGGAGGACGAGAUGAAGGAAGCUCUGAGAAAGGCGGGUCAACCGGUGCCGACCUCUCCCAGCCGCCGCCUGCAGAGCUCGCCGUCGGUGCGCACGUCCGGCACCUCCGGCCCAACCGACGACCCGCAUCCCCGGGCAGCCCUGCAGCAGUGGUGGUCUCGGACGGGGAAGAGAAGGAGGAGGACCCGACGGCAGUUUCUGCUGCGUCCCUCUCUGGAGCUGCUGAAGGACGGCGCUCUGCUCACGCUGGACGACGCCGUCAGCGGACUGGUCCGCGGCCAGGAUGACGUCAUCAGCAGCCGCGUCAUCAGCUGGGAGCGGCCGCCGCUGACCGAGCGCUACAGUGCGGCCUGCGGGCUGCUGAACGCACGCGCCAUCGGCACUGUGGCCUCUCGCCUCGCCCUCUGCCAGGGCUCUGGCCGUCUGGACUUGGCUGACGUCCGCCUGACGCCGGCGAGGCUGCGGCCUGUUCUACGCGCCACCCAGCGCUACAACUGUAUCACGCAGCUCGACCUCGCCGGCAAUCCGCUCGGCGAUGAGGGCGUACAGGAACUCAGCUCAGCUCUGCCCCACCUGACCGGUCUCGACACUCUUGACCUGACCUGUGUCAAGAUGACGUCAGCCGGCCUCGGUCACGUAGCGGCCGCGGUCGGCGAGGCCGCUGCUCUUCAGGCCUGCAAGACCCUGCGUCUUGGCUACAACUUGCUGGCGGACAGCUCGUCUGGGGCCCACCUGGCCACGCUGCUGGCCGGCCUGACCCGACUGACCUGCCUCGACCUGACCUCGUGUCAGCUGACCGAGCACCACCUGUCGGCCCACCAGGACACGUUGGCGCUCGCCCUGGCUGGGAGCAGCCUGUCGGAGCUGCGGCUGUCGCACAACGCCGUGUCGCCGGAGCUCGACCUGAGCCGCAGCGGGCUCACCGACGAGCAGGCCGACCAGCUGGCCAGCGUUGAGUGGUGCCCCGACGCGGCCGACGGAGACGUGCUGCUCGAGCUGCGCCACUGCUGA